UUAAAAUAUGAAGAAAUUGUGGCCGAUGUCACUGAAAUAGCCGAGCCAAGUAUCAUUGUGAAGAAAGAUUUGAAUAAAUAAUUUAUAAAUGGAAGUGCCCACAGCUAAAGUAAGCAGUCAACAGUUUUAUUUCACGCAUGGGCAAAGAAAAUCCAUUAAGCUCGUCUAUGGUGGUUAUCAGUAUGUUAAGUUCAUGGAGAAUUCAAAAGGAGUUAAAUGGAUUUGUUCUACCAGAUCGACAACGAAAUGCAGGGCACGAGUACGCACCACAAAAAAUUCUGAGCUGGAAGUGCUACAUGCGAACCACAACCAUUCUUUCAUUCAAAAGAAUUAUGCCCGAAAAGUGGAUGGGGAAACCAAGCUUAACGCGAAGCCCGACAUAAAGCCAACAAAUGUCUCCUAAUAAAGGUACAUAAAGAAGUAAAAAAUAGAAAUUACUUAUUAGAAAGAAAAUUAAAGUUAUUUCAUGAUAUUGUAAUAGUGAUAAAUAAUAAUUGGCUAUAAAAGAUUUAAUGAAGUAAGAUCUUCAAAGUGUAGGAUAUUUAACAAAAAAAAAAAAGAAACUUGUUUCAACUAUCUGGAAAGUACGUUAACCGAUCGA